UCACAGUCACGCCUCUGUCUGCUCCAUGCCCUGUCACAACCAAGCCUCAGUCUGUUCCAUGCCAUGUCACAGGCCUGUCUCUGCUCCACAGUCCAGGCCCGACUCUGCUCCACGGUCCAGGCCCACACCUGCCUCUGCUGCAUGAGCCAGCGCCCAUGGCCAACGAGCCAUUGCCCACGCCUGCCACGGCCAACGAGCCAUUGCCCACGCCUGCCACGGCCAACGAGCCAUUGCCCACGCCUGCCACGGCCAACGAGCCAUUGCCCAUGCCUGCCACGGCCAAUGAGCCAGCACUGCAAGCCUCGUCCAUCCCAGAGCCAGCAUUGCAAGCCUCAGCAGCCACAUUAUGCCAUGCUGCCAUUCUUACCUCAUCAUGCUAUGUUACAAUGUCUGCCACGUCAAGUGACCCUGCCUUGGUCCUCCGAGCCUCCGGCUCCACCCUGGCCCUUCGAGUCUUUGGCUACUCUCCGGGUUCCCAGUUUUCUAGUUUUGCCCCUCGUGCCUCUCAUGGCUCCACCUUCCUCUGGCUCUGCCCUGGUCUCAUGCUCCAUGGCCUGUUUUCGCCAGGCCACGCCCUGUCUCGCCAGGCCACGUCCCACGCCCUGUCACACCAGGCCACACCUCAAAUACCCCGCAACCCCCCCAGCUCCCUAUUGAACUCCAGGUGUUUUUGUUUAGGUGUCGGGAGCCGCCCCUUGUGGGGGGGAUAUGUCACGUUUGUGUGUUCAUGGUUUUUUGUUCAUGUCUUUUAUUUUGAAAGUUUAUACCUGUUUUAUUGCCAUGUCAUGUGAUCUGUUCCCUCAUGUGAUCCUCUCUGUUCCAUGUGUUUUGUUCUCAUUGAUUUGUGUUCAUGAGUCUUGUUAUCAGUUCUGUUAUGUCAUUGGUUCAUGUUUCAUUGUCUUAUUGGUUCAGUUUUGUAAAUGGUUGUCUUGUUUACUUGUUACCCAUGUCUGUGUAUUUAAACCCUCAUCUUUGCCAUGGUCCUUGGUCAGGUAUUGUUUUGUGAAACGUAGUUAGUCAAGUCUAGUUCAUGUUUUAUGUUUUGGAUUCACAUUUGUUGCAUAGCACUUUGACAUCAUCGUCUGCCUGUCAUUGCCUGCCAGCUUCGUUCUGUAGUCUUCCUUUUACUCUGCGUGUACAUUUCAUUACUUCCAUAAACAUAUUUCUUUUCCACAGUUGUUAUUCUCUCUACUGUCUCUUGCUACUUCAGUCUGAACACUUCAUUUCUAUUAUCAGCUGCUGUCACACAUUAUUUUGAACCUCUGCUUGUUCAACUUCCUUUUCUUUUCUUUUUUUCUUUGUGUUUAGUAUUUCCGUUCCAAAUGUUCUGAUGUUAGAUAACAGGUCUACAGAGUGAACAUGGCUGGAUAACACAAACUUUUCUUUCUGAAUUAAGGGUGAAUUGAUCUCCAGUCUUGUUUUACCAGAAUAUUUAGAGUCUGCUGUUUCAGUUUUAACUGCUUAUAUUGACCUCAAUGACUUCACCAUCAAAUUUCAAACAUUAACAAAAUGGCGCAAAGACUACAAAGAGAAGAACAAAAUGAAGAUUCUGAUUUAUGGAAAUGAAACAUUCCCACCUGAAGCAGAAUUCACUGAAGAGCUCAGAUAUAUUCUACUCGGAGCUGAUGAAGAUCUUAUGAAUCGAGCCUGUGACAUCAUCCUCAGAGGAAGAGGAGAAAUCAUUGAUUCUGGAAUAUUUGAGCACAGAAAGGGUCGAGUAUCUGGAAGAAAGAUCGCUGUGGUGAAAACACCUUCCUCAUGGUUGAAUCACUCGGUAUCAUUUUUUUUCUGCUGCUCAGAAGAUGAAUCUAUCAAGGAUCAGAUGUUGGAUUGUGCAUCACUGGUCUUUCCUGGACCUCAUGCCUUUCUGUUAGUGAUUGACAGCCAGCAUGCGACUGGAAAGGAAAAUUAUCUAUUAAAAGAAAUUGCAAAAGUGUUUGGCAAAGAGGCCUUAAACUAUGUUGUGGUUCUGUAUAUUGGACAAAAUAAUGCACAACGGAUCAGUUUGAUCAGAAAUGUGAACAAGUUUCAUACUUUGGAAGACACUGACCAAAGUGUUGAGACUCUGUUCACAGAAACUGACAGAAUGAUUCAUAAUAACAAAUGCAAGUUCUUUAUUCAGUCAUCAUAUGAAAACCUCAUGAUAAAAUCAUUUUCAUCAUGGGAAAAGGAAAAAAUGGCUGAAAUAAGACAAGAAACAGAGAAACCUUUAAGGCAUGAGAUCAGAGACAUAAAACAACAGCAUGCACAAGAGAUGACUGAAUUAACAGAAAGGUUCACCCUCACUGAGAAUAAUCUAAAGAAAUACAUAGACACUUUGAAAUGUUUGAUGAUGGAUACUCUGAUAAAAAGUAAAGAUAUCCAGCAGGAAGUGGAAGCAGGUGCUUCAAGUGCUCAUGACAGUCCGUUAAUUAAAGAAUUAAAGGCUUGUAAAGACAGUGAGACCUUGAGAAACUUGUUUUCAUCAGUUGUUGAUGAGUUGAAUAAAAAGUUGGAGGCUUCUAAAGAAUCUGAGACAUGCUUGAGGAAAAUGUAUUCAUCUUUGCUUGAUGAUUACAUUUGUUGUGAGAAUCAACUAAAAAUGUAUACUGGGGAGUUGAAUAAAAAGUUGGAGGCUUCUAAAGAGACAGAGACACGUUUGAGAGACAUGUACACAUCCAUGGUUGAUGAUUACAUUCGUCGUGAGAGUCAGUAUAAAAAUGAUAUUGAGAAACUUCAAAAAGAAGUCAAAAAUUUAAUUGCAAAAGAGAAACAGCAGGAACAGAAACCAGGAGAGGCAGAGGACAGAGACACACAUCACAUCAAGCAGGUGGAGACAAAUCUAACUACAAGAGAAACACAUAUUAAUCAGGUAGAGAAAGACUUGGCUAGAAGAGAAACAGAUCUGGAAAGAAGAGAGAAGGAGCUGAAAGCCAGAGAGAGAGAAAUGGCAAAGAGUGUGCAAGUUGAUUUAAAACAUGAGCUACAAAGCAGAAUGCAGUGGCCUUUCUCUCGUUGUAAGUAUCUGCAAAUAAUCCAGAACAACGUGAUGCGUAUAAUUUUCAGUGAGCCCAAAAGAACAAAAUCUCUCACUGUUUUCACUCUCUGGUGGAAUGAUCUUUCAAACUCCAGUUUUAAGAACCAUCUAAAGACGCAUUUCUUCUGUGAGCCCUUGACUCAAUAAUGCACUCACUUUAUAAAAAAUACCUGUUCAACUAUUUUUUCAAUAUUGUUUUUAUUGGAAGAAUAUUAUAUUCUAUAUUAUAGAAUACUGAAAGAAAGCCUGUCAUAUGCUAACUUUUUGUUAUAAUAAUUUUAU